AUGAAUGAGCGGAAUGGUGUAGGUGGUUCAGAGAUGGAAAGGCGGUGUCGAAACUUCGCUAAUUGGAUUGAUAAUGUUAACCUUAUUGAUCUAGGAGCUGCAGGCCCUCAGCACACUUGGUUUAGAGGCUCGUCUCCUGAAACUUUUAAAUCGGCCAGACUUGAUCGAUGCCUGGCUAACGAAGAUUGGAGAUUGAAAUUUGCAGAAGCUGCGGUUCGCAAUCUCCCUAAGUCAUGUUCUGAUCACUGUCCAAUUCUUAUGAGCUCCUCGGGUUUUGCCCCUCUCCCUCAAGCCAUUCGUCCGUUUAGAUUUCAAGCGGCAUGGCUUAAUCAUGAUAAAUUUCAUGAAUUUGUGCAUAGUAAUUGGCUUUCUUCAGCUCCAAUUAUUCCUUUUUUAAAAUCCUUUGCUGAGAAAUUGAAAAAGUGGAAUAAAGAGGAGUUCUAUAACAUUUUCAAGAAAAAAUCUGAACUUUGGGCGCGCCUUGAAGGUGUUCAAAAAAUAUUAUCUACGGGGAGGCAACCUCAUCUUAUCGAAAUUAAGAAGAGAUAUGGAUGA